AUGGCUACGUUACAGCUUGCAUCCUGGGUAACAAACCUGGCCUAUACUGACCUCACGCCUGGCGUUCUCACAGCAGCUAACAAAUCUUUUUACAACUGGACGGGAUGCGCAAUUGGCGGCUUUGCUUUCAAGCCUGCUCUGCAAAUUGCUCUGAAUACCACAUUGUCACCGUUCUCUGGACCACCGACAUCGUCAAUUCUCGGCGCCAAUGGAUCGAUCUCUCAAGGCUUUGCUGAUGCGCAAGUUGCCGCCCUCGUAAAUGGCAUCGCAAGUCAUGUCGGCGAUUACGACGACACACAUCUUGAGACAAUCAUCCAUCCUGCCAGUCCAGAUACAAGCGCGUUGCUCGCCAUCGCUGAGGCGUACGGACCUGUGACAGGACAUGACUUCAUCACAGCGUUUGUUGUGGGCAUCGAAGCAGAAUGUAAACUUGGGCUAUCGGUUUCUCCUGAACACUACGACGCCGGCUGGCACAUCACAUCCACCACAGACUGUCUCGGUGCUGCUGUGGCACUAGGAAAAUUAUUUGGUGUUGGUACUACGCACAUGCAACGUGCUAUUGGCGUUGCAUCAACCCAAGUCGUGGGUAUGCAGGAGUUCUUCGGUUCGGACACAAAGUCGUUUCACAUUGGCUGCGCUGCUCAAGGAGGAAUGGUGGCUGCGUUGCUCGCGCAAAAUGGGUAUACACCUUCUGUCCAGGCACUGGAAGCGAAGUAUGGCUGGCUCCAUGUGGUCAGAGAGAAGUCUGCGAACGACAUCAAAAGCGUCGAAUUGCGAGUCAACCCUGAAGUCCUUAACCUGACUGGGAAAAUGAGUCGACAGACUGGACUUGAAGGAAAGUUCAGCAUAUAUCACGCCGCCGCCAUUGGACUGCUUUACGGCGAAACUAUACCAUCUCAAUUCACCAAUGACGUGGUUAAGAACGCAACCGUUGUGGAUAUGCGCAAAAAGAUCAAUGUUAGCGAAGACGACAGCGUCUCGAAAGCCGAAGCGUUUGUGAGCCCAAAGUUCAACGAUGGCACGACUCUAGACAAGCACAUCGAGCAUGCGAAGGGAAGUAUCGAAAAUCCACUGACUAAUGAAGAGCUGCAAAAGAAGUUCAUGGAGCAAGUCACGCUUGCCAUUGGCGAGCAACGAGCGGAGAGUACACAUAAGGCGUUCACAAAUGUUCAGGACAUGAAAGAUGUAGCUCUUAUCAGGCAAAUGUACUGA